AUGGAGACAGUGAUGCUGUUGCUCCCUCACAUUCUCAUGACAAAGACAGUGAUGCAGUUGUUGUUGUUGCUCCCUCACACGGAAUGUGUAGAGACGGAACCCCUUCAGAUUCCACAUGAAUGGUACCAGCCAGGAGACCUCCUCAUUGGUGGGAUUGUUUCUCACAUAGGUUAUUAUUCCUACAGUGUUACCUUCAAGAAACAUCCUUCACAAGAGUCUCUUGACUUUCCAAUUUCCGUGCUAAAGUUCUACCAGCAUAUCCUGGCCUUGGCAUUUGCCAUCCGUGAGAUCAAUAACAAUCCCAAGAUUUUGCCAAAUGUCACACUUGGGUUCCACAUCCUUGACAAUUACUAUGAAGCAAAGAUGUCUUAUCGUACCACUCUGGAUUUGCUUUUCAAAUCACAUUGGUUUGUCCCUAAUUACAAAUGUGGCUUCCAGAAAAAUCUGAUUGGUGUCAUUGGAGGACUUGGCUCAGAAACCUCCUUGAUCAUGGGAGACAUCUUAAGUCUUUACAAGAUUCCACAGAUUUCAUAUGGUUCCUUUGAAUCAGCAAUGGACGACCAAACCAGCUUCCCAUCCUUUUACCGCAUGGUCCCCAAUGAAGCCCUUCAAUAUGUGGGAAUGAUCAAGUUACUUCUGCAUUUCAGUUGGAAAUGGGUUGGGCUUAUAAGUUCAAAUGAUGAUAGUGGAGAACAUUUCUUGCAGAUGCUGGAACCAAUGCUUUCAAGGAACGGAAUCUGUGCAGCCUUCACAGAAAGAAUGAAAGCACUUGUGUAUGUUGAUACUUUGGGAGAAAUGCUCCCUAACCUCUUUGGUGCUGGUCCAGAUUUCCUGGAGAGGAACGCAAACGUAGUUGUUGUAUAUGGCGAUAUUUCAACCAUAACACGGCUGAUGAGCAUUCUGUGGGUAUCAAAAUUAAAGCUUUUUCUAAGCGAUUCUGACUUUAUGGAGAGAACUUCUGCAGGAAAAGUGUGGAUUAUGACAGCUCAGAUUGAAUUUGCCUUUACAACCUUUCAGAGGUCCUUGGACAUCCAAAUGUUUCAUGGUGCUCUUUCCUUCACCAUCCACUCAAAUGAGCUGACUGGUUUCCAUAAGUUUAUUCAGACUGUAAAGCCUUCCUGGGCCAAAGGUGACGGCUUCAUAAAGGAUGUUUGGGAACAAAUGUUUGAUUGUUCGCUUCCAGAUUCUGUGGGUCCGACACAGUCCAGUGAAAUGUGCACUGGGGAAGAGCGCCUGGAGAGUGUUCCAGCAACAUUUUUUGAAAUGAGCAUGACUGGUCACAGCUACAGUAUCUAUAAUGCAGUCUACACUUUGGCACAUGCUUUAUAUAUCAUGUACUCCUCUACAGCCAACCAAAAAGCAAUGAAGGAUGAGAAUAGACUGGCUCCCCCAAAUGUGGAGCCCUGGCAGCUGCACUCAUUUCUGCAGAGAGUCUCAUUCAACAACAGUGCUGGAGAUGAAAUUGUGUUCAGUGAUCAUGGCGAACUAGAGGUUGGAUUUGACAUUACAAACAUGGUGACUUUCCCAAAUAAUUCCUAUGCCAGAGGGCAAGUUGGAAGGCUAGAUCUUCAGACCACUCUAGGAGAAGAGCUCACUAUUCAACAGAACAAAAUUGAGUGGCACAGAAGUCUGAGUCGGGUUCCUCCCUUCUCUGUAUGUAAUCAAAACUGCCAUCCAGGAUACAGCAAGAAAAAGAAGGAGGGGGAGAAAUUUUGCUGCUUUGAUUGUGCCCCGUGUCCCAAAGGGAUGAUCUCAAACCUGACUGACUUGGAUUACUGUGUCACUUGCUUGGAAGAUCACUAUCCAAACACCAUUCAAGAUCAAUGCAUCCCCAAGACUUUAAGCUUCCUCUCCUUUGCAGAACCUUUGGGAAUACUAUUAGCCUGCUUAGCUGUUUUCUUUUCUCUGGUGACAGUUCUGGUGCUUGGAAUCUUCAUAAAGCACCAGGACACUCCCAUAAUCAAAGCCAACAACCGGAGCAUUACCUAUGUUCUCCUCAUCUCUCUCCUUCUUUGUUUCCUCUGCUCUGUGCUCUUCAUCGGACAGCCUAAUGAGGUGACCUGCCUCCUCCGACAAACAACUUUUGGCAUCAUUUUCUCAGUUGCUGUGUCUUCUGUGUUGGCAAAAACCAUAACAGUGCUGGUGGCUUUUGUGGCAUCUACGCCAAGAAAUAUUUUCAGAAAAUUGUUGGGGGGGAAAUUUGCACAUUCUAUUAUCAUUUGCUUCUCCCUUGUUCAAGUGGGCAUUUGUUCUGUUUGGUUAGCUACUUUCCCGCCAUUCCCAGAUUGGGAAAUGGACUCCAUGAUGGAAAAAAUCACAGUGAAAUGUAAUGAAGGCUUGGUCACCAUGUUUUACAUUGUCUUAGGCUACAUGGGAUUUCUAGCCACCAUGGGCUUUGUUGUCGCUUUCCUAGUAAAAAGGCUACCUGACAGCUAUAAUGAAGCUAAGUUUAUCACCUUCAGCAUGUUGCUCUUUUGCAGUGUUUGGCUGUCUUUCUUACCAACCUAUCUGAGCACAAGUGGAAAAGAGAUGGUGGCUGUGGAGAUCUUCUCCAUCUUGGCCUCCAGCAUGGGAUUACUGGGCUGCAUCUUUUUGCCAAAAUGCUAUAUCAUAAUCAUGAAGCCUGAGCUGAACAAAAGAGAACAGCUGAUAAGGAAAAGGCAUCAAUCUUUUUAA